GACGCCAUGAAAUACAUUGAAAGAGGGCACAAGGUUUCAACUUUUUGCAGCAUUUAUAUUGGCAGAUCACUUGUGGAUGCCCAAAAGCCUUACCCCUUUUCUCUUUUGUCGGUGUUGAAUUAUGUGAUUGAUGAAAAUGUGGCUCGGGAGAUCAUAAUCCAUAGAUCACUUCGGCAUCCCAAUAUAAUUCGAUUCAAGGAGCAAAUAUGCCAUCUGGAUAGAAGCCCAACCCCGCGUCUGAAAAUAUGCAACUUUGUCAUCUCUACUACAUUUGAUGCGAAAAUCAACUAUACCAUAUUGCUCCAGAGGUCCUCUCAAGGAGAGAAUAUGAUGGAAAGGUAAGAUCUGUAACUAAAGCCAUAAGUUGCUGGUGUAGAAACUUAAAUUGUCUUAUCUUAUUUCCUACUUUUCUUAUUUUUCUGUUAUUUUAAUAAAUAUGUUAUGCGUCUUAACUUAUGUUAUUUCCUACUUUCCAAAAUUACCUCUUGGUUUAUGAAUUAUGUUCUUUUAGUCUUGAUUUAUUAUUAUUUAUGGUUUUUCAAUUAGGAAUAUACUGGUAUGUUGUUGU